AUGAAAAUCACUCUUGCUGCGGUCGUUCUUGCAAGUUGCGGCCUGGUACUUGCAGUUCCCCCGGGUCAGGGCCACGGUGUUUGCAGCAAUCCUCGCCGGUACGAGUGCUCUGGGGGGUAUCACCCGUCCUAUACCCGGAGCAGGCCUUCGAUCACCUACUCGUCAGGUGUACACUCGUUCAGGUCAAGCGUGGCCACGUCUCGCCUGCCUUCCUCGACCAGUACGCCCACAAGCACCACUACAAAAAGGUCGACCACGACAUCCACGACGACCACAACGACCACAACGACCACGACGACCACGACGACCACGACGACCACGACGACCACGACGACCAGCUCUGCACCACCCGCUGUGAUCACAUGUGAGCUGGGCACCGCGUUCGGGUACCAGGAAAGCGAUUCCAACACGCUCAACACCCAAUCCGGGAACGGGUGCAACCGGUGGGGAUGGUAUGAGACACCGACGUUGGCGGAACUGCAAAGCGGCAUCAACGGCAUCCUCUACGUUGGCGCUGGAGGCAAUGACAUCGCAAACGCCAUCAACGUCGGAGAGUGGACGGCGAUCGCCAGUCCCAGCGGUGGCGUGACCGUCACGUACUCGCUCGCCCCUGGGUAUUUCAUCGACGAAGCUCACAUCGACCUGGAUUGUCUCCCCAUCGACACCUGCGCUCCGGGCCAGUAUACAUUCAACUCUGGCGCGCUGCAGAACCUCCCCAUCUACCUCAACCCGACGCCACUCCAGUAUCCGACGUGUUCUGGCGGAUCACAGCCUUAUCUUAUCGUUCAUGGCUCAAUCAACUAUCUUACGACUGCUACGACCUGUGCACCGCCAGUCGCCACGUAG